AUGGCGACACGAACGAAUCAGCAGGGGACUAAAAAGAAUCCGGAUUUCAAUCCAUACAAUAUAACACCCGAAAGUGCUCAUACUGCUGUUCUAUUACUGGAAUCCAAAGAACCUGAGAUACUAUGUCACACUCUCCGAGCUAUCACAAAGUUCGCUGCACAAGACAAAACGGACACAACAAAUCGCGAAGUUCUGUUUAACCUGGACGCGAUAAAAUACAUCCUGCAGCAUAUAGAUCAUCCUGAGCUGACUAUCAAACGAUUCGCGCUCAAGGCUUUAGCUCAGCUUUGCCAAUUGCCACGUGGUCCUGAUCAGGUUUUGAGCGAUCCUGUAAAUUUGAGAAGAAUUGCUUUCUUGCUUAGUAAGAUGGAAGAUGUUUUUGUAUUGGAAUUUGCAUCACUGGUACUAGCAGAACUAACGACGGGAGCAAAUGGAAGCGCACAGUUGGUCGAUGCUAACAUUCUAGGGGUUCUCUUUAGCAGAAUGAAAAACUCCCCAGACCCUGAUGUCCAGAAAAAUUGUUUACAGACAUUCAGCAACCUUCUAGCGUACCCACAGUGUGUGUCAGAAGUAACUAAGAACCCUCAGUUCAGUUGGCCGUCCAUCCUAGCGCUCAUGCAGAGCAAAUUUUUAGCCCUACAACACGCAGCCAUCACCACUGUAGAGCAACUUGUGUCCAGAUUUGACGAUCUGGCGGUUCAGAAAACAUUUAAGGCUUCCACUGGAGUUUUGGAUCUUUGCGACAUCCUGGAGUCCUACGAAUUCCGCGACGUGCACGCCCAAAUCCUCGGGGUGCUUCACACUUACGUGGGGACAGAGGACAAUACGACUCAUGUGUAUCAGUCAGGGUGCAUACUGAGAUUGCUGUCAUACCUUGAAAUGGCGUUGCCGGCUAUGAAGCCCCUCUGCCUUGCUGUUCUUACUAAAAUGUCUUAUUUUGUUGAAGGAAGAAAUGCUCUGUUCGAGACAGGUACAGAUCUGGUAUUCUGCCGGCUGUUGCCUACAGCUAACACGGACUUAUUAGAAGACUCAGCAAUGGGGGUAGCUAAUAUGACCAAGCUCAUGCCGUCAGCCGUUCGCAUGGCUGAUACUAAUAUAAUUCAGGCGCUUUGCACGAUCCUCUCUGACGACACAACGGCAUGGUUCAACGUGCGUAUGAACGUGCUUCUCGCUCUCGCUGAGUUAUGUAGGAUCAUCCCCAAGGCGGCUUUCAGUGCUGUCGAGCACAAAACCUUCUCUUCUUUAAGGGACAUCAAUCGAAAUUACAAAAUGAACCCGAUCGAGGCGCAGCACCUAGCUGUCCAGUGCUACCUAAACCUGCUCAGUUAUCACGUUAGUACCAAGGCUAUGCUCACUGGAGACUUCAUCAAAGAGCUUAUUUCCAUUUUGCAGAGACCGCACAUUAAUCUGAAGAUAAUGACGACGAAUGUGCUCACAGGACUAAUGGCCGAGGAAAUUGCCAAAUACCUGUUUAAUGAUCGGAGAGGCGAAGAGACGGUGGACACGAAUUUGAGAAUUGAGCACGUAGGCUUGCAGACGGCGUUAUGCAACCUCAUCAUAGCCAGUGUCACUGAUGAAGGAGCUGAUGAGUAUCUAGCACUUGGCACUAUUCAUUUCAUGGUGGAGAACAAGGAAGCUCGCUAUAAAGUCAAAGUGUGGGAGCCCGCGCUUGAGGCGAUUUUUCGACAUCACCCCUCUGCAAAACUGGCGUACGCCGGACGGCUUGAUAUCAACGAUUUUACUGCGGAAGGUUUUUACGUACAAAAGCGCCUUGACGACUUUUUUCCAACAAUGGCGGAGAUCGUCCAAACGCCCCCUCCACACCGACAACCGGUGUUCGUAAUUCUGUUCUAUCCCCCGCCGUUGCAGCCCCCUUCAGGCUGUGAUAUUCGCACCCCACAUAACGGGUCAACAUCGCAUUAUGAGCUGGCAGCGACGUCGUCAGGGCGAAUUCGCUUCCCGCCUGUGCCCGACGACGUCAAUCUGCGCACUUAUUUGAUGCGCCUCAAGCUGUGGUUUGGAGAUCCAGCAAAAUCUUUGCACUACAUCGAAAUUCAAGACUCCGUUUUCGAAGUCAGACAACGAGACAAAUGCGCAGAAGUGUCGUCGUCUCUAAAAGAGUGCGCUAAGGUGCUGGCUGAUUACGUGUGUGAACAGAUGAGUGGGCUGGCACAGGAAAGAGAUUGCUCCAUGCCCGGCGUUAACUUACACUUGGCAGAUUUGAUGAUGGAUCUGAACUCACGUGUAAUUGGUCUGGGCUGGGUCCGCGUAGGCGGUGCAUUGGAGCGAGCGCUUCUUUACAAGGUACUCGCUGACCGCAUCGGCCUACCCUGUGCCCUCUACAGAGUGUCCAGCGCACACGCUUGGUGUGAGGUCGCUGUGCCUGACUUGCCUACGGAGGAGCUAGAAGAGCACACCGUAAAGCAAUACCCAGCGGGUCUUCUUCGUCCGAAUUACGUAGUGGAUCUCACAUUACAGCAAGGCAAAUUGCACCCUGUUGGCAGUGUCGAAGCCCGCAGGAUAACAGGACCGAAAUGCGCACCAUUGUACUUAGUUCGACAACCACCGCGUAUCUGUGUUUGUGAACACAAUGAAAAUAAUCAUUUAUAAUCAUAAAUUUCUCUAUACCUAUAUUUUCUAUUUAAUAUAUUCACAAUCAAUAGAAUCAAGUGGCUUAUGUCACACUCAUCGAGUAUAUAACCAGAAAUAGAGACGUCAUUACUGUGACAACUGCGCUCCGAUUGGCCAGCC